UGACAGACGAUAUAUUGGCGUCGCUCCUGUUUUCGUGGUUUCGUCGUCGACGAUGUUGUCUCUGCUGGCACAGCGCGUCUCCGUCUCGCUUGCACCGCGCUUCGCCGCUGUCGUGCCUUUGGCGCGUCGCACCCUUCUGACCACCCCACAACUCCAGUUCCCCCCUCUCGCAACCAAAUCCAAGAAGACAGCGGGCUCUGACGGAUCCAAGAAGGCAAGCCCGCGGAAGAAGUCAACGAAGGAGACAAGGAAGCCGACCAAGGCCAAGAAAAAGUCGGCCACUACCCGCGUGAGCAAGGAGGAUUUACCCCCCAAACGACCCAGCCCUCCAUAUUUCAUCUUCCUUUCCAAGUUCAGGAAAGAUACCCUUAGCAAGGGAUCUCUCAGCGAGAGCGAGACUAACGUGGUGGAAAUGACCAAGCGCGGCGGCGAAGCAUGGGCUUCGUUGACCCAGGCAGAAAAGCAGCCUUAUUUUGACGAGUACGAAGUCCUAAAGGCCCAGCAUGCAAAGGCCAGAGAAAAGUACUUCAACGAGCUGGACCCCAACGUCCUCAGAGCCAUAAAUAAGCAGCGCAAGGCUCGGGGAAAACCAAAAUUACGCGGUUUACCCAAGCAGCCUGCCCUGCUGACGCCAUAUAUGCGGUUUGCUGGCGCUUUCCGCACUACUGCCGAAGGAAACGCGAUUUUGCAAGACAAGACCAACAGCGAACUACCGGUGCUUCGGUUGGGUCGUAUCGCAGGGGAACGGUGGCGCAGUAUGUCGGACGAAGAGAAAUUCCCUUACGUCGUUGCUUACAACCGGGACAAGGAAGCGUUGCAGAAGCAGAAGUCCGUGUAAUGUCCAUGUAACUAGGCUUACUUCCGAAUUUGGCGGUACGACUAUCCACUGGACAGAUUGACGAGACGAUACUUUCCAGUCCCACUCUUGUGUCUGCUUGGCCGCGAUCUGGUGUCUUCUCGUCGUGACGCAUGUAACUUAACUCCACUAUUGCUCAGAAUUUCCCUUGGAUGGAUCACACCGCAACGAUAUGA